AUGCCAAUGAAUACCGAUCCCAUCUCACGAGAGCCGCAACUUGCUGACAAGUACGACAUGCUCAGUCAGGUAAAGGGAAACCCGUUGAGUUUUCCACUGAAGAAUGUUCUGCUGUGGGGGACGCAACAGCCUCCUUCGCACUUUCCUGCUGUGUUGCUGGCGGCCGCUCCGGCUGUGGGUCAACAGCAUGUCCACAUUCAUGGCAAGAACGAUGAAGCGAGCCGCUGCUAA